AUGGCGCCUUUGUUCGCCAAUCAGAGCUGCGAUCCCUUUCAGCCGCGAGAUGCUCCAUGUGAGCUGGGAAAUUAUGUGGUGUACACCGUUGAUGCUUCAGGGCCGGAAGAUAUCAUCGCUGCGCUGCGAUUUGCUGAAGAAAAGAACGUUAGGUUCGUAAUCAGGAACACCGGACACGACUACCACGGCCGGUCAACCGGAGCUGGUGCUUUAUCUGUUUGGAUACAUCACCUUAAAGACAUGGAGAUUAUCGAUUGGCACGAUGGUCAGUACGUCGGCAAGGCCUUGAAGCUAGGCGCUGGGGUCCAGGGGUUUGAGGCCAUUGAAGUCGCCCGUCGCGAGGGUCUCACGGUUGUGACCGGAGAAUGUCCCACGGUUGGUCUCGCGGGCGCAUACACCCAGGGCGGAGGACACUCUGCCUUGAGCUCGAUCUUUGGUCUAGCGGCGGACAAUGCGCUGUCUUUCGACGUGGUAACACCCUCGGGAGAAUUGGUAACCGCUUCGAGCUCCGAAAACCAAGACCUGUACUGGGCACUGAGUGGUGGUGGCGGCGGCGUUUUUGGCGUCGUGGUAUCCAUGGUUGUCCGAGUUCACCCUGACGCCAAGGUCAGCGGCGCUCGUUUUGCAGUGGCUAUUCCGUCGAAUCAAUCGGAGCUUCUGUACGAUGUCGUAGACGCCUUCCAUGCUGCACUGCCCGACAUUGUCGACGCGGGUGUCAUGGUCAUUUACUUCUUCGGCCCAGGUUUCUUCCAGGUUGCAGCCCUCACUGCGUACGACAAGAAAAGGGAGGAGACCGAGCAAAUUCUGGCGCCGUUCAGCACUUCUCUCGCUGGGCUCGGUAUCGAGCUCGAAGUGGCGUACACUGAGUUCAGCAGCUACGCCGACCAUUACAACCACUACUGGGGCCCGCUACCCUCGGGCAACAUUCAAGUAGGGACAGACCUCUUCGGCGGUCGACUGCUGCCUCGAAAAGUUCUGCCAGACUUCGCGCCUACGACCAGAAAGCUCGUAGAGCUCGGUGUUGUCUUCAUUGGCGUUGGUCUGAACGUUUCGCCGUUCGGGAAGAACAACAUCAACGCCGUCUUGCCCCAGUGGCGGGACUCCAUCGUGCAGGUCUCCUUGACUCUCCCUUGGGAUUUCGGGGCUCCCUUCGAAGAGAUGGUUGCACUUCAGGAUCGCAUCACGAACGAGGUGCAGCCUGUCAUUGAGGCUGCCACACCCGGAGCCGGGGCCUACAUGAAUGAGGCGGACUUUCAGCAGCCUGACUGGCAAGAAACGUUCUUCGGAGAGAAUUACCCGGAACUGCUUCGAAUAAAGAAUAAAAUUGAUCCCGAGGGACUUUUGUACGCCGUCGCGGGCGUUGGCAGUGAGUCCUGGAAGGUAGAUAACCACGGUCGCAUGUGUAGAUCUUUCUCCUGUGAGCGGCGUCGGGCUUGAGAUUGGGAUCUCAGUUUGGACAAUCAGAAAUUGGAAGCCACUGGCCUCACUAACUAUUGACACACGUUUGCACCAUGGUUUGAUGGUAUUGGCAAGGCUGUCAUAUCAUGUGCGGCCAGAGCUAUCUCAUCAAGGGGUGGUCCUCGAAUAUCAUCUUCUUAGGUCCCUCUUUCCUCUUCAU